CUAAACGAGCAACUACUAAUAUAUGACACUGAGGUACUAGAAAAUGAAUUUACUCUGAGUGACUAUAAAAUUCAGGAGGAAUCUACGUUUCACCUGGUUAAGCUUAAAGAACGUGUGAACAUAAGCGUGUGUAUUUUAAACAGGCCCGAGAGGUCUUUUCCUUUAAUGGUGUGUCUAAGUUAUUCCACUGAGAAAGUGAGGAAAAUAAUUCACAACAAUGAAGGGAUACCAAUAGACCAACAAUACUGUCUUCUAUUCAGAGGUACGACUAUGGAAGAUGGACAGAUACUAAGUCACUAUGAUGUUCAGAGUGGUAGUAGUCUUGAUCUCAUUAUAAAAAUGCAGAUACUUGUAAAAGCUCCAGGCAAGUUUUUUCGUCUGUAUGUAUUGCCCAGUGAUACUGUUGAGAGUAUAAAAGAGAAACUUCAAAACAAGAUGGGGUUACCACCUGAAAAACAGUGUCUCCAUUUUAAUGGUAAGCGACUAGAAGACAAACAGAUCCUGAAUUACUAUAAUAUUCAGAACGAGGGGAUUCUUCAACUGGAAACUGUUGUGGAAGAAGGUUGUUCUUUGAUAGGUAUUAAUAACAAGGACUGUCUUCCUUUGGUUCCUUUGAGAAGAGGAAGUACAACGAUUUUUAUAAACGGUUGUAUCAAGAGGACUCUGCUAGUAGACACCAACUAUACAGUCCAAGCUGUUAAGGCUAUGAUCCAGGGAAUACCACCAGAUCAACAACAACUCAUAUAUGGUGAAACGUAUAUGGAAGAUGAAAGAACCCUUAGUUAUUAUGGUGUGCAGCCAAGAUCUAUUUUUUAUCUUAGCUUGAGGUUACCCAUAUAUGUGAAGACUCAAGCAGGAGAGAUCAUACCUCUACUUUUGAAUACCAAUGAUACCAUUGAGAAAGUUAAAAGCAAGCUUGAAGUCAAGAUCAGAAUACCACCAAACCAACAAGAACUCAUAUUUUCUGGUGUGCAACUCGAAGAUAGACAGACCUUGAGUUACUAUGACAUCUCCAGGAAGUCCAUCCUUCAUCUUGUUCCGGGAAAAGGCUCAAUCUUUUCUCUAUCUGAGUCAAAAGCGGAAUUUUGUAAAGUCUACCCAGAGAGAAAUAAAGAAAUUGUCAAGCUCACUUUAUCUAUUCGAGACAAGCAAGAUGACAUUGAGCUUUUGGAAGGAUUGCAAACAUCUGAGUUACAAAAAUUUCUAAGUAUAAUCAAUGAUAGCUCAGAAAUACAGCCAUCAUUAAAACUAUUAUUAGAAAGAGGUUAUGGAAAAUUAGAUGUUUUCUUUUACCAUUUGAAAGAAAGUGACCCCAAUUGUCCUGUAGGGGUUGCCUUAAUUAUUUGCAACAAGUUUUCAAGUAAAACGAAACCACGAUUAAUUGCUGAGGCUGAAAUGGUAGACCUUGUAAAAACUUUUGAAACUUUAAAUUACCAUGUAACAACACUACCUGGACCUAACUACCCCACAAUCCUCACGAAACUUGAAAAAGUUGUUGAGCUAGUUCAUGAAGACCACAGUAACUUCGUCUGUUGUAUCUGUUCGUACGGUGGCCGUGAUGAACAGAAUGGUAAAGAGUAUAUUGUCGAUACUAAUGGUGAACACUUUUAUCUACAAGAAACUGUAGAGAGGAUAUUUUCUAGUUGUGAAGCACUUCGAAAUAAACCAAAAAUAUUCUUUAUUCAAGCAUGUCGAGGUCCCCAAUCAGAUCAACAGCAGCAGAAAAAAGCAAAGCCAGCAGAAGUGUGCAACACUAAUGUGCAUCCCGGAGACAUUCCUUCUUGGGACUUUCUCUUUGCCUACUCUACUGCACCUGGUUGUCUUGCUUUCCGACCACCUACUUAUGGCGAUCCCGAGAAGCCAUACUUUAUAUCUGAGCUAUGCAAAGCGUUGAUGAGUUUCCACAAACAACUGGACAUAAUCUCCAUACUGCAAAAGGUAAACUGUGUUUUGGACAACAAUACAUGGGAUAAUGAGGGUGAAAAAGUACAACAGGUUUCUUGGAUAAAAGCUUCACUUCGUGGUCCAGUUUUUGUUAGUUAUAAAGCUUUGAUUUCAUUCCUAAAACCUUAUUGUUGUAUUCAUCCUUGAAUUCACUCUGAGUAUUGCUACAUAAUUAUGUUGUACUCAUCAUUACUGUGAGGCAACUACCACUAAUGACACCACUACCAACUCACUACUGAGAUUUUAAGCAUC